ACAAAACAAUUUGUUUCAGCUUCGACGUUAAACGGCUCCGCAGUCUCGGUGAUACCUUCGAAACAGGCCAACACCAUGCAGAUAAAGACGAUGCCGACGACGAGGAAGCACCCCGCCCCCUUGCCACAGCCGCCUGCCGUCCCGCAAAACAACUCCCUGAAACCACUCUUACCGAAACCGCACCUGAGCAUCAGGAAAACCGACACGGGCAUCAUCCUGCAGUGGCGGAUGCCCUACAACCUGGACGCUUACGAAGGCAUCGCGAGUUAUCAGCUCUACGCCUACCAGGAAACCAACGCCCCACCCUGUACCGAGAUGUGGCGAAAGGUCGGGGACGUGAAGGCGCUCGCGCUCCCGAUGGCCUGCACUCUGACGCAGUUCGCCGACAAGAACAAGUAUUACUUCGCUGUCAGGUCGGUGGACGUGCACAAGAGGAUAGGCGCUUUCAGCGAUCCCGAAGAGAUCUCCUUGUAAAUACGUUGGCUGUGUAUAUAUGGAUGUUUGUAUUUAUGUCUCGAAGAGUUGAGUAUCGUUUAAGGAUUAAGUCUUAAGAGUUUUUUUAAUUUAUGAGUAUAGAGAAUUAAAGUUUUUGAAUUCCAAGUUUA